ACCGGUCACAUUUCUCUCUUCCCAAAACUCCUUCCUACCUCCGACGAACCUCGAAAAGAGUUUCAGCCAUCCUCCGACCACUCUCUCUCUCUCUCUCUCUGUUCCUCUCUCUCCUGUUCCUCUCUCUCUUCCCAUCUCAAUGUCACCACCAGCUCUCUCUCACCUCCUCCUCGUACUCUCUCUCCUCACUCUCUCAUCACAAUCACCCUCCUCCCCAUCCUCCUCCUACAUCUCCAUCAUCAUAUCCCAAACCGGCCUCGAUUUCGUCAAAGACUUGCUCGUCACCAAAGCAAUAUCUUCCCUCACGCCCCUCCACCUCCCACAGAUCGAGAAAACCCUUAAAAUCCCGCUCGUGGGCAACGUCAACGUGGUCCUGUCUAACGUCACAAUCUACCGGGUCGACGUCGGGUCGUCGUACGCGAAGCUGGGGGACACCGGCGUGGCGAUCGUGGCGUCGGGUACGACCUGUAAUUUGAGUCUGGAUUGGUACUAUUCUUAUAGCACUUGGGUCGGGCCUGUCAAGAUAUCGGAUCGUGGGUCUGCUUCUGUUCAGGUUGAAGGCAUGGAAGUUGGACUUACUUUAGGCUUGGAGAAUCGAGGAGGAUCCUUGGAGCUGACCCUCAUGGAGUGUGGUUGUUACGUUAAAGAUAUCACCAUAACAUUGGAUGGAGGAGCUUCUUGGCUUUAUCAAGGGAUUCUCGAUGCCUUUGAAGCGCAAAUAGGUUCUGCGGUAGAAAAUGCUAUUACACAGAAACUUGGAGAAGGAGUUUCAAAGCUUGAUUCCUUCCUUCAAGCUCUUCCGAAAGAGAUCGAAGUGGAUGAUACCGCCUCCUUGAAUGUCACCUUUGUGAAUGACCUCUCACUGAAAAAUUCUUCCAUUGGGUUGGAAAUCGAUGGGCUAUUCAUAAGGAAUGGAAAAGACUCAGGUCCAAAAAAUUAUAUCAAGACUUCACUACCUUCAGUUUCUUGUACAGGUCCUUCUAAAAUGCUUGGAAUUUCAUUAGACGAGGCUGUUUUUAACUCUGCAUCAGAUUUGUACUACAAUGCCAAGUUUAUGCAGUGGAUCGUCAAUGAAAUACCAGAUCAGUCUCUUUUGAACACUGCUGGGUGGAGAUUCAUUGUCCCUCAACUAUACAAGAAAUACCCAAAUGAUGACAUGAACUUGAACAUUUCUCUGUCCUCUCCUCCAGUCAUAAGGAUAUCGUCCAAUGAUAUUGAUGCCACUGUUUAUGCAGACCUGAUUAUUGAUGUUUUGGAAGCCGGUGAUGUAAUUCCAGUUGCUUGUAUUUCAUUGGUAUUCCAUGGUUCUGGUUCAGUUAAAAUUGUAAAGAAUAACCUUGCUGGCAGUGUGAAAUUGAAUGACUUCUCUAUGCAGUUGAAGUGGAGUACAAUUGGUAACCUGCGAAUGUUUCUAAUUCAGCCUGUUAUGUGGACUAUCAUCGAAACUGUUUUCUUGCCGUACGCAAACUCGCACCUAGCAAAAGGAUUCCCUUUGCCCAUCAUUCAUGGAUUCACCCUUCAGAAUGCUGAAAUUGUAUGUUCAAGCGCCAUAAUCGAAGUUUGUAGUGACGUGACUCUUACAGAUUCGUUUGAUCUUAGGCAGCUUCUAGUUUCAAGAAGUGCUUUUUCUUAUAGUUUCCGGGAUGUACCAGAAAUCACCCGAUAGAUGUACAUUCCACAGGUGUUCCAUGUGUAGGGUUUUGUUUCCCACCCUUGUAUAGAAUUGUUUCAUUUGUAGACUUCACUUUCACCUCACAUAUACUCGUAAGUGUACAUUAUGAGUUUUACAAUAAGAAUCAUGAUUGUAAAAAUAAAGAUUAAAGAGCUUAAGUGUUUUAUCCUCCAA